AUGGAUCAUGACAGCCCGCCACCACCAUACCAAACUCUUCCUCCCACGCCAGUCCUUUCCCCGGCUGCGCACCAUCAGUCACCAGCUGCACAUGCAGCGUCUUCUGCAUACAGCCUAGCACAUCCACCGCAAGGGCCGACGGUAUUCUACUAUCCUCAGAACCCAGCAGCUGCAACUGCAGGAUAUCCAUACCCGACAGCACAUCAUCCAAACAAUACUUACCAUGUACGCCCGACAAAACCGCAACGGUGCUGGCAGUCGCGCAUGAACUUGGGUUCAUUGGCAGCUACUCUCAAUGACGCGGGGAAUCUUGCGGUUGAAACGUAUAGUGCCGUCCUCAGCCCGAGGCCGAGUCGACAGCAGUACACCGGAGCGCUUGAUGCUGUUGGUAUGAGGUUGGAUGAAGUGAUUACGUCGAUUGAUAACGAGACUUUUAAGGGGGAGAUUAACGAGAUUGUAGUCGAUGCACACUAUACAGAUGCAGCGCCGCCAUUACCACCGCGGCCAGGCAAAAAGGACUCCCGGCAUGAGAGCGAAAGAAAGCAUCAGAUAUCACCUCAAAAUCAAGUCAAAGCACGGAUUUCUACCACCAAAAUCAGUCCGUUCACCAAGGUGCGACAUUACGCCAAUGCAUGCACCUCUUCCUCACUGCCACCACUCAAGCUUCAGUUUGAAACAUGGCCCUUGCUCUGUCUCGCGGCAACGUACUCGCGACGUGCAUACGAGAAGCCAUCUGGCCCAGAACGCCACACGUAUAUAUCAGGCGACUGGUUACGUGGCACUAAGGAUAUGCUCGUCAAAUCUGUGCCCCUCGAUGACAUGAACACCAUCGUCUUUGCCAUUCGCGGCACACAAAACUUUAGGGACUGGGCCGUCAACAUGAACACCGAACCGGCCCCACCAUCAAAAUUUCUCUAUGAUGAGGGGAAUCUAUGUCACUCGGGGUUUCUGAGCGUGGCUCGGAACAUGGUCAAGCCGGUUGCUGCGCGUUUGCGUGACUUGUUAAACGAGAACCCACAGCGAGCCAGCUGUACGCUCGUGAUUACAGGACAUAGUGCAGGCGGCGCCGUGGCGGCAUUGCUUUAUUGCCAUAUGUUCUCGCAAACCGUGUCGAGCGAGUUGACGCACCUACGCGGGCUGUUCAAAAGGGUGCACUGCGUGACAUUUGGGGCGCCGCCGGUCUCGUUACUGCCAUUACAAAGACAAGACUGUGGUAGUGGCAGAAAACCAUAUGAUAGCAAAAGCCUCUUCUUUGGAUUUGUGAACGAAGGUGACCCCGUGGCCAGAGCAGAUAAGACCUACGUCAAGAGUCUGCUGGAGCUAUAUGCCAAACCAUCCCGGUGUUCAACUUCGACAAGCCAAAGUAGACAAAAAGCAACAUGGAAAGUCCCCGAAGCAACCCUCUCACUUGCUGGACGACUAGUCGUCCUCCGCGCGCAUCGUUCCCGUUCGUCAAGAAAUAGCAAGAAACCAGACACAGUCGAAGCCGUUACCGCGGCAGAUGUAGACCUCCGGGGUCUUGUUUUUGGAGAUCCGUUGAUGCAUACCAUGGACCUGUACGCCCAGCGUAUUGAACUUCUGGCCACACAGGCAGUGGUAGGGAGACUCAAGGUUACUUAA